ACUGUGAACCAGAUGUUGAAAAGAUGACCAUUUAUCUUUGGAUCAUACUCUUCUUGGCACAAAGUAGUAGAGCAAUCCAUGGACUCCUGUUCACCAAGAACCCCACCAACCUCACGGUAACCCAGGGCAACAUGGCUCGCCUGGGUUGUUCCAUCGAGGGCCUGAGUGAGCCGGAGAUCGUGUGGAUGAAGGACGGAGAGAAGCUGUACAGCACAGACCAGAUGUACAUCACCGUGGAGCAACACCACUGGGAGACCUUCCACAGUGUGAAGUCUGUCCAGCAGCAGGAUGCGGGGAAGUACUGGUGUGAGGUAGAGUUCCAUGGCUUGACCAUCUCCUCUGAGCCCGCCUGGAUAACAGUAGAGGGUGUCCCCCACUUUAUACUUGAGCCCCAAGAUGUAGCCACAUUCCCUGGGGUGCCCUUUAACCUGACGUGUGCUGCUGUGGGCCCCCCGGACCCAGUGGAGGUGGUCUGGUGGCUGGGGGGAGUACGGAAGGUUGAUGUCACUUCCUCGCCAUCUGUACUCCAUGUUAACGGUGUGAAUAACAGCAUCAAGUUCUACUGUGAAGCCAAGAAUGCCAGAGGUAUCUCAGUAUCGCGAACAGGCACUGUGCACAUUAAAGUCCUCCCAGCAGCCCCUAAAGGUGUGCAGGUGGUCCAUGUGGUGGAGAACAAUGUCACGCUGGCCUGGAGCCCUGGCUUCACUGGACACUCUGACCCGUCAGUCUGCACCAUCCAGAUGUCUAAGAACUCUGGGAGGAAGGUGGAACUUCCGGACCAGCGUGUAAAGGUUCCACCAUUCCAACAGAUCCUCAGUGGGCUGAACUGCUACUCCAACUACAGCGUUAGAGUGUGCUGUGACAAUGAGGUUGGGACCUCCCCAUUCUCUGGCUGGCUGGAGUUUCAGACACCAGAAGCAGUGCCCUCUGCUGCCCCCCGGAACCUGACCUUUGACCUAACAGAGCAGCAGCUGUCCCUGAACUGGGCGACCUUGGAGGACGAGGAGCUGCAGGGGAAACUGAUGGCCUACAAAGUCCAGUGGAACCUGGGAAAAGAAGGACAGGAGGCUCUGUUCUUUAAAGAGAAUGUGGCCCACCUGUCUGGUGGAGGUCGUUUCUUCAACGCCACCUUCCAGGUGUCAGCGUGUACAGGUGCUGGUUGUGGGCCCUGGAGCCAGCCUGUACUUGUCAUGCCCACCUCAGCAGUGGCAGCCCAGAUGCAGAGAGGCCAUAUGUGGGUGGGUCUUCUGUUGGGCCUGCUGGUGGCCACAAUGGUGGGGCUUCUCUUGACAGUCCUAGUGCAUCGCAGAGGGAAGGAGACACCGUUUGGGUCUGUGUUCAAACCCCCAGGGACUGAGAGCAUGGUCUCCUUCACUGCAGCCAGGUCAUUCAACAGGACCUGCCCAGAGCUCCCAGAACUCAGCUUGGACAGCUUGGGUAUCAAUGACGAUCUAAAGGCCAAACUGCAAGACGUCCUGAUCCCAGAAAGACUACUGACCCUCGGACACAUGUUGGGAAAAGGUGAGUUUGGCUCAGUGCGUGAGGCCUUCCUAAAGAUGGAGGACAGUACUGUACAGAAGGUUGCAGUGAAGGUGCUCAAAACGGAUAUCAACUCAUCAUGUGAUAUUGAACAGUGCCUGAAGGAGGCUUCUCAUAUGAAGGACUUCGAUCAUCCUAAUGUCAUCCAGCUCAUUGGAGUGAGUUUGCACAGACGGCCUCAGCAACGGUUGCCCAUCCCCAUGGUUAUCCUGCCAUUCAUGAAGCACGGGGACCUUCACACAUUUCUGCUCUUGUCCCGCCUUGGAGAUGAGCCCUUUACAGUGUCACUGCAGAUGCUCAUACAGUUCAUGUUGGACAUCGCUCGUGGAAUGGAGUACCUGAGCAAUAAAAACUUCAUACACAGAGAUCUGGCUGCGCGCAACUGCAUGCUUAGUGAAAACUUGACAGUCUGUGUGGCAGACUUUGGCCUGUCAAAGAAAAUCUACAGUGGCGACUACUACAGACAAGGAUCUGUCUCAAAGCUGCCUGUCAAGUGGAUAUCUCUGGAGAGUCUUGCUGACAAUGUCUACACUACUCAGAGUGAUGUGUGGGCGUUUGGAGUCACCAUGUGGGAGAUCAUGGCACGGGGGCAGACCCCUUACCCUGGGGUGGAGAACUCAGAAAUCUACGAGUACCUCAUCAAGGGAGAGAGGCUCAAACAGCCACCUGACUGCCGAGACGACAUUUACGAGAUCAUGCAUAGCUGCUGGAGCCCUGUUCCCAAGUGCCGCCCCAGUUUCCAGCACCUGAUUGACCAGCUGGAGAGGCUGUGGGCCAGCCUAUCCCCAGGGCGUAGCUGUAUUAAGGAGGCCCUUCUCUACGUUAACCUGGAGAAUGACAAGGUGGAGCAGGGCGCAGGGGCACUGGGCACAGGGUCAGCAAUGCCCUGGCAGUGUGUGGGGAUGGAGGAAGAUGAAAAAGACUGGCUCAUGGUGUCUUCUGGGGUAGCUCUGGCUAUCGGUGGAGACUACCGCUACAUCAUUGGCCCUACCUGUAAUAGCAAUGAAGAGGAGGACGGUGGGAGGCAGGUUGACUCGAUGGAUACCUUGCAGCAAGAAGUUAGGGAUGAGAAAUAUGAAGACACGUUCAUUAAUGUGUGAUUUUAUAUUUCGACCACCAUGCUGCCUCCCCUGCCCUGACCGCAACUGACCUUGUGUACAGAUUUCACAGACUGGCAAAUUGGUUGUGGUGGGUUGGUCACUCACUACUGCCUUCCAGUGAAGUUUCUGAAAACAAAUGGCUGCUCACCAGCAUUACUUAAUGGAGCAAAAUUGGAUUGAAGUGCAUAUCUUACUGAACUUUUCUACCCAUUUUAUUGCAAGUUAUUCUGUGUAUUUUUGUACUUUAAACUAAAUGACUUCACACCCAGA